CAUAAGAUAUCACAUCUAAAGGAUUACACUUUCAAUGUGACAUCCUUUAAGGAUGUUAAUGUUUAUGAAGCCUUUUCAAAAGCACUUCACAAAUGAUUUUAUAGCGGGCGCGCCGUGUUGACGUCAACCUUUCAACCUCGCUUCGCGUGAUUUUGGCGUCAUUUAUGGUUGCAAAGAUGGCUUCAGCGGCUUGGCUGCAUGGCCCCAAUAUAGCAAGGAUAACAGAGGGUCUGGUGACUGUUCUGAAAGAAGAGAGAUCCGAAUACCUGCCCGCCCUUCUAGCAAACUACCGUGAGCAUGGAGUGGUCGGUACUCAGAUUACAGGAGCAGUGGGUGGUCUGGUGGGCAUCAGUAAUGCACAACUCGGGUCAAGUAAGACCAGGUUUGAGGGUCUUUGUCUGCUGUCUGUGCUGGUAAAGGACAGUUCAAGUGAAGUGUUUCAGCAGCAUUGCCUCCCAUGGCUGCGAGCUCUGCAGCAGGUCAUCCAGUCACAGGCCCCUCUACCCACAGUGCAGCUUGCUGUGAGUGUACUACAGGACUUGUUGCAGUACUCAUCCCAGCUGCCAGAGCUGGUCAGGGAGGUGGGCCUCAACUCCAUCCUUGGCAUUCUGACCUCCCUGCUCAGUCUCAAAUCUGAAUGCCACCUAGCUGCAAUGAAAGGAAUGAUGGCGUGUAUGAUCUACUUCCCACGAGCCUGUGGCUCUCUGAGGGAAAAGCUUGGUGCGUAUUUUCUGUCCAGGAUGGACUCCAAUAAUCCCAAAAUACAAGAGGUGGCUUGUGAGUGUUAUGCCCGGUUGCCUUGCCUGGGUGGUGUGUUGGAACGAGGGGGAGGUGGGCACAGGGCUGAAGGAUGGACCAAUCAGCUUCACUGCCUUUUAGCAUCUGCCAAUAGCAUCCUUGGACAGUUAUACCAGGCAUCAGAACCAGAAGGGAUGGUGCAGUAUGAAGGUCCUGGUGUGGAACUGCCUUUCCUUCCCCUGGAUGAAGGAGAUCCACUACUGAUUCUUCAGCUUCAUCAUCGUUAUAAAGCCAUUUGUCUGGCUCUUAAACACACUCUUAGUGUUGAUCCAGCUUCUUCAGUCUGUCUACCUGUUCAAAACGUCCUCAAUUUGGUGUGUCGAGCCCUGGCAGUCAAUUCUAAGAAUAUUAGUGCAACAGGAGAGGGCAGUUUGAAGCUGUUGGUUUUACCCUCCAUUCACAGCGACACUCUUGAGCUGCUCUCCUCUCUCAUCAAGGCUGUUGGUGGUGGACUGGUGCAGUAUAGCAGUGUGCUCACUAGGCUUUUUUCACAGUCUCUGUCUGCAUGGACACCUCUGCCGGAAGCUAGCCUAGGCCAGCAGAGAGCAUACAGCGCAGUGCGUGUGGCUGUAUACCAUAUUAUAGAACUCUGGGUAAGAGUAAGCGGUGCCUCUUUGCUUCAAGGAAGCCCCUCUCACACAGUUUUACUAUUCACUCAUCUGAUGGGUGACAUCACACCAGGAUCAGAAGCAGUUAAGCUUCGUUCAGGACAACAGUUAGCCAUGAACGACCUGGUUGUUUCUGGUAAUAAGCCCGGACCUCGAAGAACGAAAGGUUUGGGAAUUGGUGAUGGAGUCUUGCUACAGAGGAAAGGAGAUGUGCUAGCCAAUCAAGACACAUGUGUUGCUGCUCUUCGAGCACUUAGACAGAUUAUUCUGACAAGUGGGACUUUGUUGAAGGAAGAUCUGCAUAAGAGGUUACAAGACUUGGUGGUGCCUCUGUGUGUGAAGCUGCAACAGCAGGCACACUGUGCCUUGGAGGUCGGUGCUGUUAAUGGGCAGUAUGGCAGCCCUACCCCACGACGAGAGCUCUACCGCCUCUUACUGGCACUUGUGCUGGUGCCCUCUCCCCGCUGGCCUCCUCCCCUGUCCUGUGCUGUGUCUGCCUUCAGCCAUGGUCGGAGAGAUCACAUCAUGGUUUCGUCAUUUUGUGCCGAGGCCCUCACAAUAUGCAACACCCUUAUUCACCCUCGUACACCCUCAAUCUCCCUCCCUCUCAGUCCUCUAACCCUCAAAUCAACCCCAUCUGCCCCAACCCUUUCUUCUGCCCCCUCACUAUCCAUUCCUUCCCUUCUUGGGGGCCCCUCAACAGGUCCACCCUUCUGUGCCAGGCAUCCCGUGGGUUUAGGCCCUGCUACCCUCCUUGGCUCUCUGGAGAACCAUCUUCCUUUGGCUCCAGUUCUUUCAACUGCAGCAGGUGCUACUGCCACCCCAGGUGAAUUGCUGCUAUCUCCAGUCCAACCAGGUGAGCUGUCGGGACUGGGAGCCCCAGAAAGCCAAUGCCAAAUUUUUGUCCGCUUUGACAAAGAGGAGCCGGAGGAUGUGGAGAUCUCCUUGGAGAGUGAUUCAGAUGAUAGUGUGGUCAUAAUGCCACCAAGUAUGAUGAUUGACAUACAAGAUGCAGCCGCUAAUGCACAAACAUUACCAGUACCACCAACAGGAGGCACCCUGCCACUCACAGCCCCAGUAGUUGGUGAGGUUGGAUCAGUUGAAACACCACUAACUAAUGAGCUGCCCACAUCCAUUCCCCACCGGAUUCUUCCAACUAACACCAAUAAUAUUAAUUAUUUUCCAGGAACAAGCCAGACAGCCCAGCUUGUCUCACUGGUGCCUUCUCUGAACUCAACUACAGCUCCACACUCAGCAUCACCUGGUGGUCUUGCAGAUUCGCUGACAGGUGAUCCUCAGCUUCAGCAAAUGCUGAUGCAGACUUCUCCAUGUGGCCAGCCACCUACACUGGGCUUAUCUCUACAGAUGCAGCUUCAAAACCAGCUAGUCCAAACCAGCUGUCAGCUCCAACAACAGCCUACAGGAAAUGAUGUCGACCAAAAUGUAAUUAACAUCAACAGUUCAGAUGAUGAUGAAGAAGAGGAGGAGGAAGAAGAGAUGGAAGAUGAGGAUGAAUUAGGAGAGGAGGAGGAGGAGGAAGAAGGCCUAGAGGAUGAAGAGGAGGAGGAGGAAGACAGCGACUUCCCAGAAGAUGAGGAGUACUAUGAGGGGGAAGAUUUUGAUGAAUACGAUGAAGAAGAGGGAGAGGAGGACGAUGAAGAGGAAAGUGAGGAGAUCCAGCCUUUAGAGGUACGCAACGGAAGAGGAGCAAUGGGCAAGGAGAAGGAGGCUGAGGUGAUGAUCGAGGCCAAAGAGCAGCAAGGAAUGGGAAUGUUCUGCAUUGAGAGAGAGGGAGAGGUAGAAGGAGGGAUCGAGGAAAUGGAGGGUGUGAGGAGCAUCUAUGCUGAUGACGGGAUUAAGGGGAAAGGGACAGUGGAGGAAAUUGAGAACAUUGGAGCAGUCGAGAGAAGCGAAGCUGAGGUUGACAAGCGACAGAUAGAAACUCCUCUAAUCAGUGGAGAUGCAGAGGACACCACAGUGGAGGCAGUUGAAUCAGAAGUGAGAACAUGGGAGCAGGAAGUGCCAGGACCUGAAGUCCUCACUGCCACAGAAGAUGCUGGACCAUGUCAGCAGUCUCAGCAAUUGACUGUAGAGGGUGAAAUUAAAGAGCAAGGGCCAGAAUUACCGCCAGAGGACAAAACCAUUCAGAGUUCACCAUCAACAUUAGAGCAAUCAGCAUUACAGGGUGUAGAUGAGACACCCGAGGAAGAUAAAGCAAGUGAAGUACAGGGAGACGAUGCAGAUGCAAGAGGAACAAAGAGGAAAAUGGAGGAUCGGGAGGAAGGAGAAUGUACUGAACAAGGCACCGAAAAGAAAAAGAUAGAUGAUGAGGCUAUGGCCUCGAUGCUGGCUGACUUUGUUGAUUGUCCUCCAGACGAUGACUGUCACGGUGCUUCAAAAUCACAGUCCAAAACUGACUAGACUCCAUUUUCUCAAUUAUCUCAUAGAAGCAUUGAAAGUAAUCAUCAGAUUCUGAAAGAUCCCUCACAUUGUCAUGUCUGACUAUCAAGCUCUGCUUUAGUUAGACUCCAAUAGAUCCAAUUUGGGUCCUUUGAAAGAGCCGGUUUGAAUUUCAGGUUCAGUACCUUAAUACCACUGUAAAGACUUUGUCAGUUGAGUCAUGGUCCAUAUGUCACUAGUUUUUUCUUUUGGUGGAUUUGCAGAGCAUUUGCAAAGCAUUUGUAGUCUUUUUUUAUAAUAAUUUGUGUAUGUAAAAUUUACUUGCUGUUAUUCAAUGAUUGUUUUCAAAAAUCAUGCUAUAAAUUAUAUCUGUUAUAUGUUAGUAUAUGCUGUUGGAUUCUGUAGCAAUGAGAAGGUUCCCCUUUCAAAGCUUUUCAGAAAUGUCUCAAUAUAUUUUUAGGUGAAGUUAUUAUUACAGUUUGCAUGAAAUCAACAUGUUUUAAUGUGACAUUGAUGUUUGGUGUUCUCAAAACACUGUAGCAGAAUAUCUGUGAUAUCUUCUAAAACAUUUGUAUGGGGGUGAGAAACCCAAUAAAAACUCUAAAUGCUGGCAAGCAACUAGACAGCAUAAAUGCAUUCAUUUAUUUAUUUUUGCUCUAGAACAAUUAUUUUCCAUUCAUCUCUACUGGGGCGGCUGUGGCUCAGGUGGUAGGGUGGUUGGCUGCCAAUCGCAGGGUUGGGGGCUCGAUUCCCGACCCACACGCCAAAGUGUCCUUGAGGAAGACACUGAACCCCAAGUUAACGCCUUGCAUGGCAGUUCUGCUGUAAUUGGUGUAUGAGUGUGAAUGUGUGAGUGGGUGAUUGGGACACAGUGUAAAGCUCUUUGGUAACCUCUAAGGUUAAAGCACUAUAUAAGUGCAGACCAUCUACUGUAUUUUCUGACCUUCAGAAAUGUAUUGAUAUUUAAUUUUUGUAUUUCAAUAUAGUAAUUUUUUCCAUGAGUGCUACCUAGUCAGUGGUGAAUAUGAUUGUCAUAAAAGACUAUCUGCAAAACUGCCAGUAUAUUUUGUUUACAGGAAAGAAAAUACAGAUCCAUUACAUACAUACAUUUUUUCCUGAUGGGACCUGCAAAAGCUCUAAAGUUGAUAUGAGACAGAGACAAAUCCA